GGCUGCCACUAACCCGUUUGGUAUGGUGUGACACCUGGCUAACAUUUGGUGGGCUACGGAGUACCUGGUGGGCUGAUGGGCUGCUGUCACUUCAUUUGUAUUCAGCCUUAUGUGUUUAUCUCGUACCUACCUGGUUCUGCUCGUACUCUCCUCUCAUUUCAUUUCUUGUUAACCUCAUUCAUUCCCUUGAGAGUAUAAAGCUACCAACAUCGAGGUAUACAAUUCACACCUCACGUCUUUCUUUUCCAUACAUUAUACACUCAUUCGAAACAUGGACCAAGAUGAUCAAAUAUCUAACAAUCAAGAAAUCGAUUUUUGUACUCUGGGAAUGUUCAUAAUUGAUGAGAUACACUACCUCCCACCAACCCCCUCAGUAUAUGAUGUCCUGGGUGGUGCCGGUUCCUAUUCCGCCUUAGGAGCUCGCCUCUUCUCUCCUCCACCGCUCUCCAAAACAAUCUCCUGGAUAGUGGAUAAAGGCUCCGACUUCCCCCCCUCCAUCUCAUCUCAAAUAUCCACCUGGCAAACUUCUUGUCUAAUCCGUACCGAUCCUACCCGUCUAACUACUCGCGGCUGGAACGGCUACGACAGCAACGAAACCCGCUCAUUCAAGUACACAACCCCCAAACUCCGACUGGAUGAAACAUCUAUUGCUUCUCAUCCUCCUCUUUUAUUCGCAAAAUCUUUCCACCUCAUAUGUUCCCCAAAUCGCUGUAUAGAUCUUGUAACACGCAUUCUCUCACUUCGAAAAUCACAUUCCCCCAAUCAUCCCAAACCACUUUUCAUAUGGGAACCAGUCCCAGAUCUUUGUACACCAGAUGAACUUUUAAAUUGUACAAAUGUCCUUCCAUAUAUCGACGUUCUCUCACCAAAUCACUCGGAGCUUGCAGGUUUCAUGGGUGAUCCUGAUUCCGGUAUGACUCCUGAAGGAGAAAUAUCAACGGAAGCAGUAGAACGUUCUUGUGAACAACUCCUAUCUUCAAUGCCAUUGCAAUCUUACGCAAUUGUUGUCAGAUGUGGAGCAUUAGGGUGUUAUGUUGCGAAGAACGGAGGAAGAAAUAGGCGUGCGGAGAAAAAUAGAAGAAAACGCCCGGCAAAUAGAUCUAGAGGCGGGUUGACACUAGAUAUGAAUAUGGAAGAUUUGUUCGCAGGAUUACUUAGUGAUUCUGGAGAAAUAAGUUUUGAAAGAAAUGACUAUGUUCCUGUCGACCCGGGGAUUGAGAAAUGGAUUCCGGCUUAUCAUCAAGCUGGAGAGGGGGAGGAGGAGCAUAAAGUGGUAGAUCCGACAGGAGGCGGAAAUGCAUUCUUAGGUGGUUUGGCAGUUGGGUUGGCAAGGGGAAAAGGAAUCAUAGAAGCUAGUUGUUGGGGUAGUGUAGCAGCUAGUUUUGCCAUUGAACAAGUGGGAGUACCGAAACUCGGUGUUUUGGAAGAGCUUGAGGGGACAGAAGGGGAGGAAGAUGACUGGGUGGAGGAGGGUGAGGGAGAAGAAGAGGAAGAUGACACAAGGGAAAUGGAAACGUGGAAUGGAGUAGUGGUUCAGGAGAGACUGAGGGAGUUCAUGGCGAGAGUAGACAUUGCACCUAGUGAAUGUCCAUCUAGGUAGAUGAGCUAGCGCCGGUUUUCGGAAAGCAAAUGCAGGGAAAUUGGCGAUGGGGACAAAAGGACUAGAAGAAAAGGGGGUAAUUUUCUCAAUGGGGGAAAGCUACAGAAAAAGGCAGAAAUCGAAAAGGACCUUAAUCAAGAUAAUAUUUUACUUCGCUUAUAUAUAAUCUUAUCAAUACAUAAUUCAUAUCCUUACUA